UCGGGCUCGGCCGAAGCUCGGCUCGGCGGCGGCCGCGGCGGCAGCGCGGAGCUCGUGGAGCCCCAGCGGCGGCAGCAUGGCGGCCGUGGAGAGCCGGGUGUGCGAGACGGCGGGCUGCAGCAGGGAGGCCAAGCUGCAGUGCCCCACCUGCAUCAAGCUGGGCAUCCAGGGCUCCUACUUCUGCUCUCAGGAGUGUUUUAAGGGAAGCUGGGCCACUCACAAGUUACUACACAAGAAAGCAAAAGAUGAAAAAGCAAAACAGGAAGUUUCUUCUUGGACUGUGGAAGGUGAUAUUAACACAGAUCCUUGGGCAGGUUAUCGAUACACUGGUAAACUUAGACCACAUUAUCCACUGAUGCCAACAAGACCAGUGCCAAGUUAUAUUCAGAGACCUGAUUAUGCUGAUCAUCCUUUAGGAAUGUCUGAAUCUGAACAGGCUCUCAAAGGUACUUCUCAAAUAAAAAUACUUUCCUCUGAAGAUUUAGAAGGCAUGCGGUUAGUGUGUAGGCUUGCGAGGGAAGUGUUAGAUGUUGCCGCAAUGAUGGUUAAACCAGGUGUAACUACUGAAGAAAUAGACCAUGCUGUUCAUUUAGCAUGCAUUGCAAGAAAUUGCUAUCCUUCUCCACUGAAUUAUUAUAAUUUUCCUAAGUCAUGUUGUACUUCAGUGAAUGAAGUGAUCUGCCAUGGAAUUCCAGACAGAAGACCCUUGCAAGAUGGUGAUAUUGUUAAUGUGGAUAUCACUAUCUAUCGAAAUGGUUAUCAUGGGGACCUGAAUGAGACAUUUUUUGUUGGAGAAGUCGAUGAGAAUGCAAGAAAGCUGGUUCAAACAACUUAUGAGUGUCUCAUGCAAGCAAUUGAUGCAGUGAAACCUGGAGUUAGAUACAGAGAGCUGGGAAACAUCAUUCAGAAGCAUGCCCAAGCAAAUGGUUUUUCAGUUGUUCGAAGCUACUGUGGACAUGGAAUCCAUAAACUUUUCCAUACAGCCCCCAAUGUACCACAUUAUGCCAAAAAUAAAGCAGUUGGAGUUAUGAAGCCUGGUCACGUAUUUACAAUUGAACCCAUGAUCUGUGAAGGUGGAUGGCAAGAUGAAACCUGGCCAGAUGGUUGGACAGCAGUGACGAGAGACGGGAAGCGAUCGGCUCAGUUUGAGCACACCUUGCUGGUCACGGACACUGGCUGUGAAAUCUUAACCCGGCCGCUAGAUGGCGUGCGCCCUCACUUCAUGUCCCAGUUUUAAGUUCCCCUGAGAUGACACAUCAAAGCAUAUCUUGACUGUACUGUGCGUUUUAUUGAGAGUACAGAAUAGAGGAGGGUCUUUUAUCAUUUGUUUUCAUUGUCUAGAGCUAAGAGAGGAAUACAGCAUUGGGUGUGUGUACCUUUAAGAACUUGUGGGUCUGAAAAAGCAGUGAAGAAUAAACAUUUUUUUUCUUUACUCCUUUCUUAUUUCCCAAUACCCUUCAUUCUCUGCUUCCUCAUUUAACUUUUAGAUAUCUUACCUCCAACCACCUCAUAGUUGUUGCUUCUGCCACUGCUGUGGCAGUGCCACAUUGCCACUUAGUGCCCCCUGCUUUCCAACUGAAUGUUGUUUGUAAAUGAGAAUUCUUGACACCUCAGCCAGAUUUGGGGGGGGAGGGCACAAUCAAUUAAUAUGUGCACACACAUACAUAUACAUUUUUUUAAAUCUGAGAGACCCACAUAAUUGCUCACUAACACUUUGGACUAGGGCUGACCUUGAUUCUGGUCUAAGGGUAGUAUAGGAUAGGAAAUGAUUAUGAAUGGGCCCACUGUCUGUAAUAUGAUAUAAUUCUCAAUUAGAGAAUUUCUGUUUUAUUUUUCUCUUUUACCCCAUGCUUUGCAGCUCCGGUUGUAAUUGUCUGAGGAAACCCUCAAUCCAUAAGAUUUGCUUCUCAGCCUAGACUCUUAGACACACCAGUGGGAGCAUGCAACAAGUCCACUUUGGAAAAAGUCACUGGCCUUUUCCCUGCUUAUGACAGAACUACCUGUCCACUAACAGUGGCUGGCUUUGCUGGGCCUAAUGGAUAGAAGCAAUAUACUGCUAUUUCAGACCUUCCUUAUAUUGGAACUUGAAACCAAAAAAGGAUUUACAAACUCCUGUCUUCUCCCCUUUAUUUUAUUUCUUGAGCCUACCUAGGGUACAUACAUAUCAUAGGGUACAGAUUGCCCUGGGAGAGAAGACAUGAAAAGUCAGGUCUCUUACAUAUACCCAGCUCUGUUUGGAUGUCUGAUGUAGAAUCGAAUGGACCUAGUAUUAGUAUGGAACAAACCACUGUAGCCCACUAGGGCAUUGAGCUUGUCCUCAGCAGUGGGGCAAAGGGUGCCCCCGUACUUCUGAGAAUGCACUCCUUGUGGGAAACAGAUACUCCUUUUGGGUUAAAUACAUUACUGGACUGGAACCUUCAGCCCUGCAGGGGCAAGGAUCCUAGUAGACUCUUACUACCCCAUAAGCUAUGAGAGUGACCCUCAGCUAUGACUUUAGGCCUGAUACCUCUAUUCUUUCAAAUCCUUGAGGCCCACCUCCAGUAAAUAAAGUUGAUGACAACAUAGCAAAACAAAAUCACAUUCCCUGAUGGGCACAUUAUUCUUGGGGGUCUGGUGAUAACUUGUAUUGUAAUUGGCACUGCUAAAGUAUUAUCCUUACAAGGAAAUGUCUUCUUUUCCGGAGUGUCUCAGACCUUUAUACAAAAAUUGUGAUUGCAGUUUCUUGACUUGCUUUUUUUUUUUUUAUUUGGUUCAGCAAAAUGACCUGUUGGUCCAGGUAGGCUUGGGGAGGCUUGAGGGUAGAGCACAUGUGAUGAUUUUCAUUACACAGGAAAACACAGUACUUGUGAAUGUAACGUACAGGAUUCUAAAUGGCCACACAAGUGUUUGCUGGGGAUUAAGAAAAAAGCUGAAUGAUGAAUCCGGAUCAUCUGCUUUGUUAUGGUCAUUUGGGGAAGGGGGGGAAGCUGCUUUUCUAAUCUAAAUAAGGCGAGUACCAUUGUUUUGUUUGUUUUUAUGAGCAAUGAGAGUUAAGUGACUUGCCCAGGGUCACGCAGCUAGUAAGUGUCAAGUGUCUGAGGCCUGAUGUGAACUCAGGUCCUCCUGAAUCCAGGGCCAGUGCUUUAUCCACUGCGCCACCUAGCUGCCCCCAGCCAGUAGCAUUGUUAAUGAUAAAACAUUUCUUGGUAGUUGUAAAUUACAAUUGUGGCAACAUUUGGGACGUUACUAACCUUCUUAAGUGGAAAAAUGGUCUGGUUCUAGGAGAUUGUCUAGAUUAAAAGGCAGGCAGCUACCUGAUGUUGAUCACCAGAGAGCAGACCCAAAGAAUGCAGAAUCUUGGUGGAAAGGGCUGGUGGUUAUUUUUAAAUUAAUUUUUAUUCUGACCUUUUGUUUUCAUAUCACCUUCAUUUUCCAGGGCCCUUUCCUUUUAACUCACCAAGAGAUAUGACGCUUUUAUUUAUUUUUUUAAUGACUUUUUUUUCCAAUCUGGAUAAUUUUAAAAAAUGUAUUAGACCAUAGGUAUUGCAUGGAUUGCAUCCCAACUUUUUUACAUCUUACUAUAAUUUGAAAAAGGUAUAGCUUUGGUCUGAGGAAAGCUGCCAAUUUCCAAAACAAAUUUCUCACAUUAAAGUUUUAAGGAGCUAACAUCCCCUUAAGACAAGUUCAUAUGCCUCUGGUGAAAGACUUAGGCCCUUGCCUGUCUUUCUGUGCCUACUAUUACAAUUAUAGUCAUGAUUUUCCCUUACUCUUUUUCGUGUCUCUCUCUAAGGGCUUAUGUAUACAAACCAACAUAAGAAUGCUGUUUGUCACUGUCACAAUGAUUUACCAAGCAAGACAUCAUCUAGUGAUCUCAUUCAGUUUUCCCUAAGGUUCUUUUUUUUUUUUUUUGGUGGGGCAAUUGGGGUUAAGUGACUUGCCCAGGGUCACACGGCUAGUAAGUGUCAAGUGUCUGAGGCCAGAUUUGAACUCAGGUACUCCUGAAUCCAGGGCCAGUUCUUUAUCUACUGCGCCACCUAGCCGCCCCCUCCCUAAGGUUCUUAUAUUUAAAAUGUGUUUUAUUAAAUGGCCAAGCACUCAAAAGUGGACUGUUCAUUUUGACUGGCUUCGAUUAAAAUUUAAGGAGAAAGUUCUCCUCUUUGAAGAAUGUACCUCUUGGAGUCGAGAGGCUGGCUGCUCAGAAAAUUCCUUAAUUGAAUCUGAAUCCAGGAUACCCUUUGAGGGGGAAAUGUAUUUGAUGGUUGGUGGGCUCUUUUAGAGUAGGGGUUCUUAACCUUUUUGGGGGGGGGUGUCUUAUAUCCCGUUGGCUUUCUGGUGAAACCUAUAGAACCCUAUGUGUUGUUUUCUGCAUUCAUAAUUGGAGGAAAUUCUAAAUUUUGGUUACAGGCUAGUGAAAAAAAAAAGAUGCAGUUCCUUCUCCAGUUCAGGAACCUCCCCCUAACAAAAAUCCAUGGAUCCCAGGUUAAAAACCCCUGCUUUAGAGAUUUGGGAGAAAAUUCGGCAUUCCUAUAUGUCAUAAUUCAGCUGUAAUGGUCACUGACCACGUUUGGCUUUUCUUUGAAAGGAGCCUAUCAAGUUGCUCCAUGAAUGGACUGAGAUGAAAUGUCAGGAAAAAUUCUUGAGACCAUCUAGGUUUGCUGCCUCCUUUGUCUUUCCACAAGAGUGGAAGACAGUGUCUGGACUUUCAACACCUUUGGAGCAACAGGACAAAUGUGCCAGUACUCAAUAUUAACAGUUAUGUGUGCUUUCAAAAUGAACUCUCCUUCCCCCUUCGAUUCCGAGGAAAAAGCAUGUCUUCAUACAUAGAACCUGUGCUGUUCAUUCUGGCUGAAUUGUGUUUGAACUCUUCGAGGGGUAAGGAACUCUUGGCUGCUCACACUGUGUGACCUCCUCACCUCACCUUUCAAGAGGGGCAAUCAAGAUUUUGCCAGAAGAAAACUGGAAUACCUUGUAGGGGUCUCUACCCUCCCACAUAUCCUUCUGAUAUACUUGUUGGUUGCCUUUUUUUUGGUGAGGCAAUUGGGGUUAAGUGACUUGCUCAGGGUCACACGGCUAGUAAGUGUUAAGUGUUUGAGGCCUUGAACUCGGGUCCUCCUGAAUCCAGGGCCGGUGCUCUAUCCACUGCGCCACCUAGCUGCCCUGGUCUAUUGCCUUUUAAAAGGGUCCUACCAGGCCCUCCUGAUGUUCUGAUAAACUUAAUUUGGGGGACUACAGGUGAGCAGUAGAACUAUUUAUAUGUGGUAAUUAUAUGAAUAUUUAUGAUAAUACAGUGUAUGUGCUAACUUAUCAUCAUUACUAUGUUGUUUUUCUGAAACGUGCCAAAAACCAUCCCAAAGAGGGCUUCCUGGUGACAUUUUCUCCUGUCACCAUAGGUCUUUGUGGUUUCAUAACAUUCUAAAAAGUAGUGUGGUACGAUACCGACUUCAAAAUAUAUCUUAAAAGGUUUUAGUUGAGGGGAAAGUGAACAUUUCAGAAACGAACUACUGAGAUAUCAAUAGGCCUGGAAAACAAAGCCCAUUUACCUUCCAAGUUUUUUUUGUCAUUUUAGAAUAGUACUCUGAUUUUUCCUGUUUUUGGAAUGUUUUUGGACAACUUGAGAUCCUCUUUGCAGCAAUUAUUACAAAAAUCUAAAAUAUUAUUCCAGAGUGGUCUGCCUUUUAGAAACAGCAUGGUGGAGUAGUGGAAUUAAGCAUCAACUAUGUGGGUUCUGCUCCCAGCCUUGCCAUUGUGUGACUCUACGGAUCACUUAGCUUCUGUACCUCAGUUUCUUAAUUUCAGGAAUGGGGGGGGGCAUUGACUAGACCAGAGGUGUCAAACAGGUGGUUAAGAGCUGUCAGAAUCAGAUUAAAAUGUAUUUGGAAAAUAACUAACAAAAAUACAAUAGGUCAUACAUAGUGUUAACAUGGUUUUCUAAGUCAGUGCGCCAACAUGGAUCCUUAUUAUCGUAUAUUGGGCCCCAUUUCUUGUGAUGUUUGGCAUCACUGGUCUAGAUCUCUAAAGUCUUUAAGUUCUGUUAUUCUACUAUCAGUACUAUCAGCAAAUCUUAAAAUUCAUAGAGGUUAGAAACAGUGACUUGGUUUUAGCUUGGUGAGACCUCCUUAAUGUGAGAUUUUUAUCAUGGUCUGUAUAUCUGUUUUGGUGUCCAAAUCACUUUUUAUCUUUUCCCAUCUCUCCCUUUACUCUAUAAAAUGUAUCCUUGCUUGGUUGGUUGAAGUUAAUUUCACUUAAUUAUCUGACUUUACUGACAUUUUUCUUCUGAAGACUUUUUUUCUGUAAUAAGUUUUAUUUUUUGUCUUGUGCACCUUGAGAACCACUCUUUCAGAUGGACAAGUUAGACAUAAACUCAGCAUUCCUUUAUGAGCACACAGCAAAUGAUAACUGUGGCUAUUUUUGCAUAACAAAUUUAAAUUUUGAGUUUUACUCUUAGAAAGACUUUAUAAUGUUACAACAUGACCCUUGAUUUCUCUUUUUGCAUUAAAUAGUAAUGAGAAUGCUUCCAUAAGCAUCUAAAAUUGGGUCUUUCACUUUCUCGUGAGCUAGUCCAUCCUAGAAUUAAUAAACAUCUUGGUAUAUGAAACAGCCUUUUCAUCCCUGAAACUUGUUUGAAACACAAAAGUACUAAGUUUGUAUCACAAGGAGGCCCUUGAGACCUCCUUGGCCAUUUGUGUCAUCUCUGUUCCAAUUAUACAUGCACUCUCUUAAUAACUUGCAAUUGUUACUGUGGUAUUAAAACAACUGAGAAAUUGUUUUCAAACUUGAUUUUGUGGUGUUAACCUGGUUUAAUACAUUUAUAUGUUCAUCUAUGCAUCAGGCAGUUUUUCUACUAGACUUGGGGUUUUUUGUUGUUAGAAAAUGAAAUCAAAUGAAAAAUGAAUGCGUUAAUUGAACCCUCUGUGACUAGGGAGAAAAGAGACUAAAUGGGUAUAAAACGAACACUUUUCUCAAAUAUAAAGUAGAGAAAUAAGGACUGACAGGUUGGUUUGUUUUUUUAAGCAAGAUUUUGCCUUAAUAUCUUGUGCAACAAAUCUUAGUACUGUUAUAGUUGAGGAUUCAGCAGUAUGCUUGACAUAAACUGGAGGUAGUCUAUGAACUUAUAUUACCAGUCCUUCAUAAAGAAAUAGCUUUUUAUAUGUAUAGAUACAUGUAUAUAUUGUGUGUAUAUGUACAUAUGCACAGAUACAUGUAGAUUCUUUUUUCAACAAAUAUCAUUAUAAUCAGUUUUUAUAAAAAAUGAGCAUUUCCAUGUCCAUCCUGACUGAUGGCCCAUAAAACAAAUCUUUGCUGAUAACAGAUAGAGCAAUUCCAUUGGACAACAAAUCCUGUGUGACAGAUGUCACUUGUCCAGAUAGCCAAAAUUAUUCAACAGGGACAUCUGUUCUGAUAUUUGUGUAUAUUGAUUAUCAUUGUUCUGUACACUGUUAAAUACUCAAUAAAAUUUGAUGUGUUUUUCA